AUGGGAGCCGUCGCAUCCUGUCUCUCGUCGAUCGUCUCGGCCAUCGUCGGUGCCCUCCGCGCCGUAUUUAGCGCCAUUGCCGGUGUGCUCAGCACCAUCGUCUCGGCCAUCGGAUCCGCCCUGAUCGCCACCUUCAACUGCAUCGCCGACGUCCUCUGCUGCCGCUGCGGUGGGCGUGGUGGCGGACGGAGGAGAAAGGUCUAG